UGAUUAACAAAGGUUGCGUCUUUUUUGCAUCGAUCUGUAUCUCUGUUCGUUUGUUGUCGCCGGGGAGACGAUGAGCAGGCCAAGGUUCCUUCUUUUUGGAGAUUCAAUCACGGAGCAAGGCUUUAGGAACGGCGGAUGGGCUGCCGCACUCGCCGAAACCUAUUCCCGCAAGGCUGAUGUGCUUGUGAGAGGUUAUGGUGGGUAUAACACUCGCUGGGCCUUGUUCUUGCUGGAUGAGCUCUUUCCUCCGAAUUCUUCGAUGCAAAUUACUGCUGCAACAAUUUUCUUUGGUGCUAAUGAUGCAGCCCUCUCGGGAAGGACAAGUGAGCGACAAUAUGUUCCUAUUGAAGAGUUCAGGAGUAACCUGGAAAAAAUAGUUCAUCAGAUGAAGGUUUCUUUUCCCGGCGUAUUGAUUGUCUUGAUCACUCCACCUCCUAUUGAUGAGGAUGGCCGAUUAGAAUUUGCACGAUCUCAAAACAAACCGAUAGAGCUUCCUGAAAGAACAAAUGAAAACACAGGGAUCUACGCAAAAGAGGUUAUUUAUUUGGCUAAAGAACUACACCUCCCAUACAUUGAUUUGUGGUCUAAAAUGCAAGAAACUGAAGGUUGGCAGAAGAAGUUCCUCAGAGAUGGUUUGCACCCGACCCAGGAAGGCAAUGCUGUCCUUCAUGAAGAAGUUGUGCGAGUUUUCUCUGAGGCAAAUCUUCGUGCCGAUGAAAUGCCACUUGAUUUUCCUCAUCACUCUAAAAUUGAUGGAAAUGCACCUGAGAAAGCUUUCCACAUUGUAAUCUAGAACCACCAUUCUAUUCCAUUGUGUCUAUUUAACUGUGUCUUCAUCAUUGUUUCACUGAAAACUGUUGUUGUUGUUGUUGUUGUUGUUGUUGUUUUUUGUGUGGAAGAAAUAAGAACCACACUUCUGGCUGGGAUGUGUUUGUAUUAUGUGAUUCUUAAGGGGUAUAAAUGCAAAACAAUUUUAUAUAAA